AUGGUUAGUUUCUCACCUCAUACGAUCAACGAGGCGGUCGCAAAGACCUUCAUCGGAAGAUGGUUCAGGUUGGAAGGCAGUGGGCAUCCUUUGGCUAGACCAGGGUCAAAGUUUUUGACGGAGCUCAGAGCGGGUACCGUCACUGCAGCUGCGAUGUUAUAUAUCAUCAGUGUCAACGCUUCCAUUCUCUCUGAUUCUGGUGGUCCCUGUGUUUGUGAGGGCACUGCCGAUGAUCCUAUCUGUGCUGCCAAUACAGAAUACGCUCUGUGUAAGAAUGAGCUUUCAAGGGAUUAUGUCACCGCUACUUCUGCCAUCUCCCUCAUCUCAACUUUCCUCAUGGGUCUUUUCGCGAACAUGCCGUUAGGUUUGGCUCCGGGUUUGGGAGUCAACGCGUACUUUGCAUACAGUCAAGUCGGAUUCAACGGCACUGGUCCCAUCUCCUACUCUGAAGCACUCGCCGCGGUCUUCCUCGAAGGUAUCAUCUUUUUCGCUCUGACCAUCCUCGGUCUUCGACAAUGGGUCGUCCGUCUCAUCCCUAGAUCUAUCACCACUGCCAUCGGAUGUGGUAUCGGUCUUUUCCUUACCAUCAUCGGUCUUAGUUCCAGUGGUCUCAACGUUAUCACAGGAGGUAUAUCUACCCCCCUGCAAUUAGGAGGAUGUAAAUCGGAAUUCGCAGAUGCAACAACGGGUUUCUGUGAUAGUCACGUAUUACAAGAUCCAAGAAUGUGGCUGGGUAUCUUCGUUGGAGGUGUUCUUACUGCCUUCUUGAUCUUAUACCGGGUUAAAGGUGCCCUUCUCUGGCCCAUCCUCCUUGUCUCUAUCAUUUCAUGGCCCCGUCCUACCUCCGUUACCGCUUUCCCUCACACCGAGGUUGGCGACUCGAACUUUGACUUCUUCAAGAACGUCGUCGCGGCGAGAGGAUUCAAGCUAUUAGGCCCGUCCAAUGUGGACUGGAAGGCUUAUAGUAAUGGAAAAGUAUGGGUUGCUUUGAUCUCCUUCCUCUACGUCGAUCUUCUCGACACAACCGGUACCAUGGUUGCUAUGUCCAAGCAAGCUGGUCUAUACGAUGCUCGAGAUGGUGACUUUGAAGGCAGUUCGAUUGCUUUCCUCGUCGAUUCUAUUUGUAUCGCCUUUUCCGGUUUGUUCUUCGGUACCUCCCCUUGCACACCAUUUGUCGAAUCUGCCAGUGGUAUCAGUGAAGGAGGAAAGACCGGUCUUACAGCUAUCACCACUGCAUUCUGGUUCUUCAUCUCAAUCUUCUUCGCUCCUAUCCUCAGUAACAUCCCUGCCUGGGCGACUGGAUCUGUAUUGAUCGUUGUUGGAGCUAUGAUGAUGGAGAACGCAGCUAAGAUCAACUGGGAUUAUAUGGGAGAUGCCAUCCCUGCGUUCGUGGUCAUCGCCGUGAUUCCUUUCACCUACAACGUUGCAUACGGUAUCAUUGCCGGAUUGAUCCUUUUCAUCCUCCUGCACAACCUGCCCAAGCUUGCGGGUAUGGUCUCACCUCGAUUACUCCCUCCUGGAUGGCACGAUCUCAAAGAACCUUACAACUCGACUGCUUUCCUCAAACAACCCAAUGGUAAAGGUCGAGUCAGCUUUUUGGCAUUAUUGCCACCCUGGUUGAGGAAACUUGUUAGCGGAGAGAGACGAUUCUGGGCUUAUACCGACGAAGAGAUCCAGAGGAUUUUGGAGGGUAGAGCUAUGUCAAAGGAAUCGGACAAUGCAGCUGCUAAGAUGAGACAGGAGGAGAGGGAUGAGAUGAGAAAGCGAAUGGGCGAGGAAGUGAUCCACCCAGCGGAAGACCACAAGUCGGACGAUCACACCGAUGAUGUCAAUGCGCUGGAACAAGGCAUGAUGGCUAGUUCCACAUAUGAAAUGGAGAGGAAGUAG